AUGACCUACAACUCCCGCCAACGCGAGACGCUGCACCGCCUGGGCAUCAAGCAGCUGCCAACACUCCAAGCGUCCAGAUACACCCCAGAGUUGGACGACCCCUUCCGAAGCACUUUCGUCAUUGGCGAUUUGCCCGUGAGGACCAUGCCGGUACCCGGCCGUCGUUGUCCAGCAUGCGCAGCCAAAGGCGAGACCGUCUGGGUCAUUCCCGGCAAGCGUUGCCCUCAGUGCGGUACGCAAGUCAACUGA